UCACUGGUCAAUGGUUUCAUCAUCUUCUACUGUAACUACAACAUGUCUUCCACCACAUUUUAUAUCCAAUGGGAUGCUUACACAACUGCUUCCACCGCCUCAAUACUUACAUCGCUUUUCCUCACCGUCUUUCUAUCUCCUGUCAUUCUCUACCCCUCUGCUUUCUUCUACCGCCUAAACCCGAUUGAUCUUCAAGAAUCCCCAAAAAAUCGUCUUCAUCAUCAACAGUAGAUAACCACCGCUUAUCCACCACUUCAUUGCUCUUUUUCAUCCUUCCUCCCAGCGUUCCCUUUUUUCUCUCUUAAAAUGAUGCUUUAUAUGUCGAUUGUGAAUGCAGUUCGUCCUAAACCCCAAACCACAAGAUGCACCGAUCAGAACUGUGUCUCCAACGACUUCUAACCCUAAACAUCAUCAUUCAGGCCUUUACACGGAAACAUCGAAUGCAACAUAGUCCAAGCCUGAUGAUCGCCGACUCCAAUCCCAGCUAUUCGGAGUGGUCCAUGGUCAGUGCCUUAACUCUCUUCUGCCAUGGAUUCCAUCAUCGCACUCAACAAACUACGGAUUCCCGUCCGAUUUCAUAGGUCUCUCUCUGUAAGCCCUACACCCAAAAAUGGUCCUCGUUCUCGAACUGUCGUCUUCUCAAAAUUAGGGUGGAAUCUCUAUUAAUACAAAUUUGUGAUACAACCUCAAUUGCUGAGUUUGAAUUGAAAGGUAGUUUCUCUAAUUUCCGGUGAAUUUUGUUCCGCCUACAUCGUCGACUCCUCUCUAUUUGGGCGAUGAUUCUUUGGACCUUAUCUGGAACUUCCUUACUCUCAAUCGUUGACUCCUCCAUCGUUCUCUCCGCCGUCCACAUCUGCAAGACGUCUACAUGAAAGGAAGGAAAGAUGGAAGGAGAGAAGAAUAUCAGUUGUUUUCUAUUAUGAAAUUUGCUGGCACUUUCAAGUUUCGACUCUUAGUGAUGCCCAUCUCUUUCAAAUAUUUGAAGAACAUAGAAACGGAUUCAUCUGGGAAUUUCAUUGUUUAUCAAGAGAUGCGAUGUUAUUUUUUGACUGCUCAAAGACUAGACACUGAAUCUUCCAUGGAAGCAGUUAUAGGUUUCCAAAUGAACAAAGGAAAAGAAGAUGUUUAUUUUGCUAUAAGAGGGUCAAAAACUGCAGAUGAUGUAAUUCUAAUUGAAAGAAAUAGGGAAAGAAACAUCCAACGUUGGAAGGUCGCGAGUAAAAAAUAUUGGUCCAAAACUAAUAAUAUAAUAUGAAUUUUAAAGCUAUUGUGGGAGAAAUAACAUGUGUCAUCUUCUUUGUGGUCGGAUGAGGGGUACAUUUGGUAACUCUAUACCUUAUAUUCCUAUUUAUUUUACUUUCAACCAACAUCUCACUAAAGGCCACGAAUAUGGUAAUUGGUGGGCUCGAACCUCAUUUUAUAGAAGAGGUGAAGUUAUUGAACAACUUGAAAGAAUAGGAAAAAUGGUUGCUUUUCAAUUUUUUUCUCAUAACAAAUAUUUAGUCUAUCAUAACAAAUACAAUAGACACAUGCAUUUAUUUGGGAUACUGAUGCAUGGGGUGUGGACUGGAACUGCAUCCUUAUGCCAGUCACAUCCUUGGCCUCUAGCCAUUCUUCCUAAUGGACAUGUAUUGGGAUUUCUUGCUAAUACAACAAAAUGCUAUCAUGUGCUUAAAACUCCCAACUUAUGUCAUUUUUUCCAUUCUAAGAAUGCUUUUCUCUUUAUCGAUUUUUUUUAAAUAUAUUUCAUAGAUUGAUAUGCGUAAAGAAUUUAAAGCAAAGCUAAUUUCCCCAUCAUGUUUUACUAUGAUAACAAUUGGUCUAUUUGCUUCAGUAAACGAUGUUUUGACAUCAUUAUCACAUACGAUUGGUAAUGUUCUGAAAACUAUAAUGAACUUUUACAUCUCUUCCAAAUACUUUUUUUUGAAGGUUAUUUGUUUUUGCUGAUAGGAACUGAUUUCAUGCCACCAAAGUGGUCAUUGGUGACAAAAGAUUGAUCCAUUCGUCCUCCCUAUGUAGGACUUUCCCAAAAUACACACAACAUUUUCUGUUUUUGUGUUAUAAUUUUGUUAUUGAUGUUAAAAUUUUCUAAUUUUCUUUAUUUUUUGAUCAAAAAAUGGAGAAACAAUCUGAAAAAUUAGGAUAGGAACAUAUUGUGUAUACUACACUUUAUUUGGACAGAAGUUUUGCAGAUUGUUAUUUGCUGUUCAGAAGGGUAUAAUAGUCAUUUCCACACUAUCACAUCCGCUCAAAAUUUAACAAUCUCUUUUUAUAAAGUCUUUAUCUAGAAAGAUGUUAUUCAAAUUAAACGAACACACUUUGCACAUACGACACUUUAGCUACACAUAAUUUGUUCGAAUUAUCAGUUGGUGUCCUAAAAAGAUGGGUCAAUUCGUCCGUUUAGACUCUACAUCUACCAACACUAAAGAAUUCAUAUAUAUUAUUUUCAUUAUUACACCUUCUUCAAAGUAAAUGUUACAUUAUAAAUUUAUAUGAAAUUUUUAAAUAUCAAGUAUUUAUACUAACAUUUCAAAUUAUUAUGUUCUUCAUGUUGUGGUUCCAAUUUUAGUUGUUUGGAUUAAAAUGAUUUUGAUAUUGAUCUUCUGAUUAUAUGUCUCUCAAUAAAUGCAUUUUGAGUAAGUGAGUAACCAUUAACAAAAUUAACUAAUAAGAAAUAUCAAAGUAGGAUGCUAUAAUGAACAAAUAAAUAAAAGUAUAUUAUUAUUUGUUGCAUUUUUCAUUAUGUGUUGACAAUUUUUGUU